UUUAGCUUUAAAGGUAUGUCGACCCCGACAUGCAUUAAAGACCUGAGGAGAACCCUGUGUCAUAAUGGUGCUAUUUUUCAGAGAUCUCAGAAGUCGUCAUCAGAAUCAUCAAAUAGCUCCUCAGAUUCUGAUUCGAGCUCCUCAUCUAAUUCUGGUUCGGCAUCCGAGAGAACUCCAGCCAAACAGAGAAGCCCAGCCUCCUCCCCAAAGAGUAACACGCCUAAACGUGCUCGCAUAGCUGACAGUCCCAGGAGGUCAUUGAGAGGGCGUCACCAGCCACUCUCAUUUGAUCCCGACCCUGUAUGUAGUUUCUGCUUGUUGACUGCUGAAGAAAAUAAGCAAGGAAGCCCAGAAGAUCUCAUUUCAUGCGCUCGGUGUGGCAAUAGUGGUCAUCCAUCAUGCUUUCGCUUCUCAGAAAAACUGACAGAAAAAAUUCGAAGUUACAAGUGGCUUUGCUAUAAGUGCAAAGCAUGUGAGAUCUGUGAUACAUCUAAAAAUGAGCGUCAACUUUUGCUGUGUGAUGAAUGUGACAGAGGAUACCACAUAUAUUGUAUGGAGCCAAAGCUCAAGAAAAUGCCAGAGACUGCCUGGACAUGUGAGAUUUGCAAAAAUCCAGAGAAAGCAGCAGCAAAGGAGAGGCAGAGGAGACGCAUGUCAGUCCCCUCCAGUUUCAUGGAGAAGGCCAAGUCUCGUAGUGCCCUGCAAAGCAGUACAGAGGGCUCUGAUAGUGACACUCCGAGUGAGAAGUCUGCAGCCUCUAAGCGCUCUAAGAAGAAGAGCAACAGCAAGCAGUCGGGCACCUUUGGUACACGUGUUCAGCCUCACAGAAGAGGGAGGGUUAUUUCAUAUGAAGAUCUGAAGUGUCCAACACCUGGUUGUGAUGGCCUAGGUCAUUAUUCAGGAAAGUACGACACACAUCAUACUGUGACUGGGUGUCCUUUGUAUCAUAAUAUGUCGGCUGAGGAGUGCAAGCUGGUAUAUGAACAGAGGCAAGGUGAAACAAAGGAGCGGAAAAAAGACGGCGAAAUCGUGCAGGAAGCGGAGAAGGCAGGUGACAAGGAGAAGGUAAGAGAAUUGCAAAGGAAGAAAAAAGAAAAGAUCAGAUUGGCGAGAAAGAAGCCUGAAAUUACGAACGAGGUGAUAGACAGGAUGAAUGCCCACAGGCAGCAGUUUGACAAAGCACGACAGCCACUGCUGGAAGGACUCACUUCUAGCUACGAUUUGGAGUUAUUCCUGGCUGCUCAGAGCAAGGCAUCUGAGGUUAUGGAAGAGGAGCUGAAGAAGUAUCCACCGAAUGGUCAGAUUCGCGUCAUUGAGUUCGGCCGCUAUGAGUUGGACACGUGGUACUCCAGCCCAUACCCAGAGGAAUACGCUCGGCUGGCCAAACUCUACAUCUGCGAGUUCUGUCUGAAGUACAUGAAGAGCAAGACGAUACUGAAGAGGCAUGCGGCCAAAUGUGUAUGGCGCCACCCACCAGGGGAUGAAAUCUACAGACAUGGAAGCAUUUCUGUCUUUGAGGUCGAUGGACAAAAAAACAAGAUCUACUGUCAGAACUUGUGUUUGCUGGCAAAACUGUUCCUUGAUCAUAAGACGCUCUAUUUCGAUGUGGAGCCAUUCCUGUUUUACGUAAUGACAGAAGCUGACAACAAUGGCUGUCACAUAGUUGGCUACUUCUCCAAGGAGAAGAACUCAUUCCUGAAUUACAAUGUAUCCUGCAUCCUCACGUUACCACAGUACAUGAGGCAAGGCUACGGCAAGAUGCUAAUAGACUUUAGUUACCUGCUGACAAGAAUAGAAGAGAAAACAGGUUCGCCAGAAAAGCCCCUGUCUGAUCUGGGUCUAAUCACAUAUAGAAGCUACUGGAAGAGUGUGUUACUCGAUUACCUCAGUGAAUACACAGGAAAGGAGCUGUCAAUAAAAGAUUUGAGUCAUGCUACUGGAAUCAAUACCUAUGACAUCGUGAGCACAUUCCAAGCUCUGGGUAUGCUGAAGUAUUGGAAAGGCAAACAUCUGGUUCUUAAGCGACAGGAUCUCAUUGAUGAUCAUAUUGCAAAGCGAGCCAAGAGAGGACCUGACCACAAAGUAAUUGAUGAAAAUAGCCUCAAGUGGCGUCCCCCUGUGCAAGUGGACACCCGAUAAAUAAAUGAAGCUUGCUUAACUAUAUAAUGUACAGAUGGUAAAACAAUCUAACAAUUUUUAACUUGUAAAUAGCAGGAGGAGUAAAGUGGGUGGCUUAAUCUCUUACAAAAACCUUCAUAAUUUUGAUAGCAAUGACUGUGUAAUAUUUGUAGUGCAAUAUACAGUGAUUAGACAGGUGAAGAAUAAGAAAUACUUAUUAAACUCACAUAAUGCGUAAAAAACCACAAUGCUCGAAGCAUUCUGAACAUGUUCAGUGUUGGCAAGACUUUUGUAAUACUAUUAUUGUACACCUAUUAUGGUGUGUGUUUCUAACUUCAAAUUGGGAAUGUAGUCUCGGAAAAAUUCAUGGGCCCUGGUGAUCUGUGUAUUGACAAUUUUUUAAUGAAAUACAAGACACAAGUUGCUCCCGCAGAAGUGAGACUUGGUUAAAAUAAAAUCGUAAUAGUGGUGUGUGUAGAGUCCGUUAUAGACGUAGUGCAUGUCUACAAGGAACAUAAAUUGAUGUAUGUAAUGCUGUAAAACUUGCAGUGGUAAUAAUCUACCUAUAAUUGUGUAACGGUAUAUGUAUUAUAGUUUUCAUAUAAUGACUUGCAGUCAGUGAAAUAGGUGUAAAUGACUGACUAAUUAGUUUUAUUUUUUUAUUUAAGCAAAGUUUUGUGGUUGUCAUAGACUAGUAUGUACUUCUAAUACAACUAUUUCUUCUACCAACACCAAUCAAAAUUGAAUUUGUAAGUAGAAAUGACUUGGCACGUAUUUUUCAUGCAGCACUAAUUUAGAUAGUGACGGGUCAUUUAAUUAGGAUUAUGACAAAUUCGUUGUUUUUUUAUUUCACAAUACUUCCAUGUUUGGAGGCAUAAUGCAGAAAGCUCAUCUGAUAUUAACUUACAUAUAAGUAUGAAAUAAGUUUACAAAUUCAAUAAGGGCAUUUGUUUUACACUAUCAAGUUAUUGCUGUCGUUAUUUUAAUAGCUUCCUUAUUGUACAGUGUGUGUGUGGUGGGUGGUGCGUGCGUGUACGUGCGUGCGCGCGCGCGUGUGCGUGUGUGUGUGUGUGUGUGUGUGUGUGUGUAGAUGUUAUAUCCAUAAGACGUCACUGCCUUUGUAAAUUCUGUCAAUUUGGAUUGAAACGAAUUAAAAUAAUAAAUUCCAAUAAAUUUCAA